UGCAGAGCAGGUGUUUUCUUUGAGGGAGAUAUCGUUUCCGUUUAGAGGAAACUGCAAGAGUAGUUUCUUGUUGAGCAAGCGUUUCCAAAUCAUAACAUGAUGGAUAACAAUUCAUCACCAUUAUAGCUACUUUUACGCGGAAGGGAUUUCAACCGAAAUGUUGACUUUUGCCGUAUUGUUAUUGGUGAUUUCAUUAAUCUUAGACGUGCAACAACUUUGUGCGACGAAGGACGGCAAAGCAUGUGCACGGAGGGAAUUUAAGGGUAUCAGUGAGGGAAACCAAGCGCUGCAUCCAUCCAAUCUUAUCUCAAAUCAUACCAUCCAUCUUUUGGGAGAGUGUCACAUUCUCUGUAUUAGUCAAGACAAUUGCUAUGGUUACAACUACAGAGUGAGACCAAGUACCCUUUAUACAGCAAACUGUCAGUUGAGCAACAGCACUGUGAAGAUGAACAAAACCAAAAUGAAGAAUGGGCCAUGGAUUUUUUACGAAGACAUUUUGGUCACCGCCACCGGAGGCCUCACUAGUUGUCUGGACAUCAAAAAGAAAGGCUUAAGUCAUGGAGACGGAGAAUAUUUUAUUGAUCCAGACGGAGAUGGCCCUGGUAAACCAUUUCAAGUAUACUGUGAUAUGACCUCGUUUGGUGGAGGAUGGACAAUGUGUUACACGACGGACAGUCAUGUUAAUAUCAAAACUGAACUUGUCACCACACCUGCUCUUGGCUAUCGUGCAGAUUGUAAUAACAUAUUGUUUACAGGGGUGAUGUUUGUGGAUGAAGCGUCAAAACAAAAGGCAGCCUUCACGAAUGGAGGCUCACCUGUGACAUUUACCGGCAAUUAUGAUAAGGAUGCAAAUGCUUAUGGCUUGUGGACGGCGCAAGGUGUGGCCACAACACAGUACAAAUACCAAAUGUUGAUAUGUGACACAACGUUCUACAAGGGACUGCACUUCUCCGGGUUCACCUCAAACUGCUACAAAAAGUGUGAUAGCUGGUGCGGUGAUACGUCCUCAACGUAUUUUCGGACGUCUACUGUCUCAGACCAGCAUUAUAACGGUGUUGCAUUUAAUGAAAAAGGCCACUACCCAAAACCAAAACGGCUCAUCAGUGUAGGAAUCCGUUGAAUCGAGUGACAUGUAAGAGUGCAUGGUAAUCGUAAACCAUGCAAUUGAAGUAUUACCUUCAAUACUUAGUGCAUAAUUUAAAGAUAAAUACUACUGGUUGUUAUAUGCAAUGUAUUUCUAGGUGUAUAAGGUUUAGCCGCUGCCGAGGCGGCGUAUAUCAUGUACAGAGAGAGGAGAGGUUUGGAUAUGUGGGGGUUGAGGGGGGGCACAUAUAUCGCGAAAAUAUCUGGGGUCCAAAGCCCUGGGACCGACUCACUAAAGAGAUACGAACAUUUUAAGGCAUACCAUAAUUGGAGUAAGUACUCUGUGGGGUUGCCUGUCGCUUGCGACCAAGUUUAUAAAUAUAAAAUAAAAUAUAAAUAUAAAUAUAAAAAUAUAUAAUAUAACCACAUAAAAAGGGGUCGUGUAACAGCUAUAACGCGCAUUGACUAUAGGGCAAGUAUAGACGGGUUAAAACGAACAGGUUGUUCCGGUUGCAUGUAUAUUGAUUGAACAGUGUUGAUAAACUUCAAGUACUGUAUUAAUCACACCAUUAUUAUAAAUUGUAUAAAUGUCUUAUAUAAUGUUACCAUAUAAGUACUGAUGAAAUUUGUCAUCCCCGCCAAACUCUGCUGGCUGUUUGCCAUCUAGUAUAAACUCUCUAUUACCAUGCAGUAAGGUAUGACUGCAUGAUUGCAUGUCACUUUUUCGUCACAGCUCCUAUAGCUAGAAAUAUUAUUAUAUAUAGGCACUGUUACACCAUAAGGUAAAACUGAACCUUUUAAAUCUGUGAAAUUAUGAACUCAAGUAAGUUAUAAUCAUAUUAUUUGACUCGAUCUUGUCUUCUUUCUAUCCGAGCGGGAAAAAAUUCUCUUGUGUGAUACAUUGAGUUAACCUGCUAGUGAUAUAUGUAGUAAUACCUAACCUCGGGUUUACCUCGUUUCAAUUGUGUUAAACCUAGACCGCAUAUUUUAGCAAGUGACAACUUUAUUGGUAUUAAAUGAAAUCCGGCAUUUCACUUGCCUAUACGAUAACUCAGCCCUCCCCAAAGACAAAUUAAAAUUUUCUUUCUUGAUACAUUUAGUAAAAACUUAAAUUCAGCAAGAUAUUUUAAAACGCCGCGCGGAAAAGUGACAAUAUUUCAUAUUAUCUUAGCAUGCAUAACCUUCUUAGCAUCGAAUGAGGUAUAACAACUGCGAACUGCCUAAAAUAGACAAAACUCUUCUCGACGUUUCAACUUGAGGGCCUUCUUCAGGAGAGUUAGUAUGACUCUUCUGACGAAGGACCUCAGGUUAAAACGUCGAAUUUUGUCUAUUUUAGGCAGUUGUUAUAUCACAUUUGAUGCUAAGUUUAUUUGAAGACGCUGCCCGACGCUGCCCGACGCUUAUAUUGGAACGUAUUUAACUUUCUACUCAGUUUUUGACGCACGCUGUGAUUAGAGUGCUGCCGAGAUUUUAUCUAAAGAACCGUCAAAGGAUCAUCAUCUCGAACACUCUAGUUUUGAGUUAAUGAAACA